AUGACCGACUUGUGUGAGACCUUGGAGAAUACAGUUCGUAAGUUAAUAUCGGAGAACGGUUUGCAAGCUGGCAUUGCAUUUCCUACAGGCUGCUCAUUGAACUGGGUUGCUGCCCAUUGGACUCCAAAUACAGGGGAUAAAACUGUGCUUCAGUACGAUGAUGUGAUGAAACUGGACUUUGGAACUGAUGGUCAUAUAGUGGAUUGUGCGUUCACUGUGGCAUUCAACCCAAUGUUCAAUCCUCUGCUCGAAGCUUCACGUGAAGCUACAAAUACGGGUAUAAAGGAAGCUGGAAUUGAUGUGCGUUUGUGUGAUGUGGGUGCUGCGAUUCAAGAGGUUAUGGAGUCAUAUGAGGUUGAAAUCAAUGGAAAGGUGUUUCAGGGUAAAGAUUUAGUAGACAACUCGAGCAACAUGUGUUUAGCAUGA